AUGAAAACAUUAAGAACUGAUCACCAUCAGAAACACGAGCUGCUCUGACACUUUAGAGUGUUGCAGGAAAAUGAGGAAGACGUUUGCUUGUGAUGAAUCGAUGAUCAUCACCAUCCCAAUCGGGAGCCUGAAGACCAUUCAGGAGGGUCAGCUGAUGCCGGAGAACUUCCACUGUGUGUUCAGGGACAACUACAAGGUGUUUGCUGUCAGAGGAAAGCCCAAACCACUCGGGGCAGCUCAAGCAAUUGGUGGUGUGUUUGCUGUCUCACUUGGAGUGAUUUCCCAAGAGACACCCAUCAACAUCUUCUGCAUUGUUUCAUGUGUUCUGUUUUUGAUCUCUGGCAUGCUGUCCUUUGCUGCAGGAAAAUGUCCAAACAUACAUGUGACCAAACUGUCUUUCUCCCUGAACAUCAUCAGCUUCUUCUGGUCAUUGGCAGCUUUUUCUGUCUUUGUGGUCAUUGUAAUUUUUUAUGGUGGUCCUCAUCUUCGCCCCAUAUAUUACCAGUUAGUUCCUGGGAUUGCCGGCCUGAUCAUGACUCUGCUGGUCUUUGAAUGCAUGAUGGCGCUCUUCUUGAUCUACUGGUUGAGUAAAGCUGUAUGCAGAGAACAUUUCAACACCUUGCCCAUCAUCAUGCUGAAGCAGGAGGACUGAAUGACGAA